ACGGCGGCGCCCCCACCCCCGGCGCAGGCGUGCAUCAGCGCUGUGCGCCCCAGGCGGUCUGCGAUGUUGGGGUCCGCGCCUUGCUCCAGGAGAUUGGCCGGGGGGACGCACCAAUGGGGAGCUCUGAGAGGCGGACCUACAGCGCCACCAGCUAGAGGAAGACCAGCAAAUUUCAAGUUGGCUGCGACGUGGGCUCCGCGUGGGGGAGGGGCAGCAGGUUUUUCUCACUGGAUCACUGAAUACCCAGGCCCCCUCCACCAUGGCCAGUCGGGGUGGGGGCCGGGGUCGUGGCCGGGGCCAGCUGACCUUCAACAUGGAAGCUGUGGGCAUUGGGAAGGGCGAUGCUCUGCCUCCACCCACCCUGCAGCCUUCUCCACUCUUCCCUCCCUUGGAGUUCCGCCCCGUGCCUCUGACCUCAGGAGAGGAAGGGGAAUAUGUCCUGGCACUGAAGCAGGAGCUACGAGGGGCCAUGAGGCAGCUCCCCUACUUCAUCCGGCCAGCUGUCCCCAAGAGAGAUGUGGAGCGUUACUCAGAUAAAUAUCAGAUGUCAGGGCCGAUUGACAAUGCCAUUGAUUGGAACCCUGAUUGGCGACGUUUACCUCGGGAGCUAAAGAUCCGAGUGCGGAAGCUACAGAAGGAACGGACCACCAUCCUAAUCCCCAAGAGGCCCCCUAAGAACACAGAAGAUAAGGAAGAAACAAUACAGAAACUGGAGACCCUGGAGAAGAAGGAGGAAGAAGUGACUUCAGAGGAAGAUGAGGAAAAAGAAGAAGAAGAAGAGAAGGAAGAGGAAGAAGAAGAGGAGUAUGAUGAAGAAGAACAUGAAGAGGAAACUGAUUACAUCAUGUCGUAUUUUGACAAUGGAGAGGACUUUGGGGGUGACAGUGAUGACAAUUUGGAUGAGGCUAUAUACUGAAGAAGGACCCUGAAUGAUACCCUGGACCUUCGGCUCUUUCUUGAUUUAAGAUAGAGAGAGUAACUGUGCCUAUUAUUUGGCUUUGUGGACAGGCAAAGCAUUUGCUUAGAGACCAGAUAAACUCUUUGGCCCUGGAGACAGAAGUGAAACAUGAUGACGGAUAGCUCUCUUUUCUACUCUUCCUCUCCCUCCACCCUUGUGUCACCUCUCUUAGCUUGGGAAAAGGGCAAAAGACCAAUGUCUUAAUUGUAUGAAAGAAAGAAGAGCCGAAAGAAACGAGUUGUUAGAGCUGAAACAGCUGUAUAUGUGUCCCCACCCACUUUUUUUCCCCACCCACUUUUUUAUAGUGAAAGAUCAUUGAGGGUGUGUGCAGUUAGGAGGCGUAAGGCCAGUUUUAUAUUUUUAAAUAAAAUCUUUUUAUCUGUC